GCAAAGAGGCGGCGCAUGCGCAGUGGUGGCGGCGGCGGGGCCAUGGCGGGCGAAGCUCCGCUGCCCUCGGUGGCGCUGGCGCCCCCUGGCGGCGGGUCUGGGCCUGGGGUCGGACCGGGCCGAACCGACGGUACCGAGGGGCUGUUCGUGGCUCUGGGCGCUGGGCUCGCCGCCGUCAGCCACCCCCUGCUCUACGUCAAGCUGCUCGUCCAGGUCGGGCACGAACCACUACCUCCAACUGUUGGAAGAAAUGUACUGGGAAGGAAAGUACUGUACCUGCCUGGCUUCUUCACCUACGCCAGACACAUUGUGAAAGUGGAUGGGAAGAGAGGCCUCUUCCGUGGCCUUACUCCUCGCCUCAUCUCAAGCACUUUAUCAACCAUCACCAGGGGGAGCGUGAAGAAGGUAAAGGCUUUUCCACUGGAGGACAUGGAGCACGUGUCUAACAAGGAUGACGUGAAGACUUCCCUUAGGAAAGUGGUGAAAGAGACAUCUCACGAGAUGAUGAUGCAGUGCGUGUCCAGGGUUGUGUCACAUCCAUUGCACGUGAUCUCGAUGCGCUGCAUGGUCCAGUUUGUUGGCCGGGAAGUCAAAUACAGCGGUGUAUUCAGUGCUAUUGGCAGGAUAUUCAAGGAGGAAGGGAUCCUGGGAUUCUUUGUAGGUUUAGUCCCUCACAUCCUGGGGGAUGUCAUCUUCCUCUGGUGCUGCAACCUCUUGGCUCACUUCAUCAACACCUACGCAGUGGAUGAUAACUUCAGCCAGGCAUCGGUGAUCCGGAGCUACACGAAAUUUGUGAUGGGGAUUGCUAUGAGCAUGCUGACGUAUCCAUUCCUUCUCGUGGGAGAUCUCAUGGCAGUGAACAACUGUGGGUUGCGUGCUGGCCUCCCUCCUUAUGCUCCUGCAUUCACAUCCUGGAUCCAUUGCUGGAGGUAUCUCAGUAGCCAGGGACAGCUGUUCCGUGGCUCCAGCCUGCUCUUCCGCAGAGCACCCAUGCAAGCAGCCUGCUUCCCUAUCGACUGACCCCAGCUUGCAGGGAGAAGUACAAACUUGGACUCCUCGAAGAACCCUAAGCUUGUUUCCAUAUGUAUAUUUGUUCUUUUUGAUCCAAAGUCUGCGGUGCCAGAACAAGACACCUCCUCUCCAACAAGGCCAACCAUCAGUUGAGCUGCAGUGAUCUGGCUUCAGGCUCCAGCUGAGUCAAAGCCCCUUCCUCAUGGCUGUCUUGAUCAUGAUGCAUAGGAGAGAGAGCAGAAGGAUGUUGUUUCUCUGGGCUGGGCUGUGAAUCUGAAGAUACUGAGAAAGUGUAUGAAACCAGAAAAUGCCCAAAUGCAAAAGAAACCAGCCUCAGGAUGCAGGGACAAAAGACUGCUUUGUUCUGCCUAAGUUGAGAAGUGGCAAGAGAUCCAGGGCUGCCCUGCUGGGAAAGCAGCAGCAGCACAACCAGCUCCUGCCUUGACUCUCCUGGAGAGGGCUGAUACGUGGGGCAGGUAGUUUGUGCUGGACAGGGUCAAGAAUGAGACACAUACUUUGGGGUAUCUAAACACAAGGGAGCAGCCCGGCUCCCUUAGGUAUGAAAGGGAAAUGAUCAUUUCAAAACAAAAGAGAAACAGUUCCACUACAAUGAAGUGCAAUGCAUGACCUUAAGAGAAAGGUAUGACUGGACUCCAGGACAGCAUCAAGACUUGAAGAUGGAGAAGGCACUUAGUGAAAGGAUGUGCCUGGUGUCUGCUGUGGGAAGGCCUUUUGCAUUUGGGAUGCACCUCACAGUGCAGUGAAGCUGGGUGUACCACAGGCAGCACUGCAUGUUUCUAAGGGGAGGGUUUGGUCCCUGGUUGGAUCAGCCCCUGCUCAGAUACUGAGUGUUUCCAUGCUGGAUCGUGCUGCAUCACACGAGCAACUCCCACAUAGGGGGGCAUCACCACUUCACUGAUGGACAAGCACAGAGUCCUGUUACGAUGCUGAGCUGUUGUAAGGGAUCAAUUUGCUAACUGCUAUGAGCAGAAGCCUUUGUCUUGCAAUAGAGGCACCAGGCCCAUCACUGUCUGAAGCAAAGGAAUAAACCUCAUCCAGCUGAAGGCUUGGGAAUGGAGCCACUAAGGCCUAAGGCCCUUACAUAGCAGAGCUCACCAGUGCCAGCAGUGCAGGAUUGAUCCUUAGUUCCCAUACACAGAAUUACUGUUCUUUUCCCCCCUUCCCCAGUCUGUGCUGCUACCACAGCCAGGCAGAUCCCCCCACGAAGCAGUCUUUUGCACAGAGUUCAGUGUGUUACUGCGCUCCCUGGGAAGAGGUUUUGGGGCCCUGAGGAGGCUGCUGUCCCCCAAAGCUCCCUUUGGUGUUGUGAAGUCAGUCCUGUCCAUCCUCCAUCCCAUACGGUUUGUGUUACAGUACCAACACUCAAUGCAUGGCCCCAUCCCCUAACCAGGAAUUCUUUGAAAGAGGAUUUAACUAUGCUCCAAAAUACAGCUAUAAAACAAC